AUGGCAGCUCUUUCUUCUCGGUGCCCUCGCAGUGCAGCAGGCCCCGCUUAUUUGCAAGAAGCAGCCAGGUCAGCCCACUGGGCCUCCCCACCUCUUGUGCCCCUUCGCACAUUUCAGAGCUCUCUCUUUUCCUCUGGGUCCUUCCAUUCAGGAGAGGAGGAGGAGGAGGGGGUGAGCCUGUUGCGAACGGCGUUGGUGGGGCAGGGGCCGGUUCCCCUGUUUCUGGGGAGCCUUUUCUGUGCUGGUUGCAGGCAGGAGCCCUCAGUGUGGAGCUGCGGUAAGCCUGUGCCCCGUUGUAUUUGGGUCACAGCCUCCGUGACCCCCAGCCCCCGCCAGGCACUCCACACCUGCAGUGAUUCGCUUGAUAUUUUAAAAGCACUCCAUCUUCUGCCUGCUGCCUUCUCUCCAUUCAUCUGGGUCCAGGUUUUCACCGAGCCAUCUAAUAAAGAAUCCAGGGGGGAGAAUGAUGGGGGCGAGGAGAGGGAAAGUGCUAACAUUUAUUAAGUGCCCGCUGGGUGCCCAGCACUUCCUCAACAACUAGAGCAGCGGUCUUUCUGCUUUCUUUCAGCUGCAUAACCCUUUCCUCCAUCCAAAAUCGCAAGCCUAACCUGGCCGUGUAAACAAACACCAGGGAAGCGCCUCUGAUGGAAGGGGAUGGGGCACCUAAGGCCCUGUCCCUCACCAUGUAGCAACCUCCCCACUCCUAACAGACACUUUGGUGCUUCCAUGAAACCUGGAUCUAAAAGCUCUGUGCUCACUAAAUCUACAUAUAACUCUCCAAGGAAAUAGUAUCCCCAUUUUUAUAAUACCAAGCUAAAGGCCAGAGAGGGAGAAUGUAGGAUCACACACUUUUUUUUUUUUUUUUUGAGAUGGCGUUUCACUGUCACCCAGGCUAUAGUGCAAUGGCGUGAUCUCAGCUCACUGCAACCUCCACCUCCCUGAUUCAAGUGAUUCUCCUGCCUCAGCCUUCUGAGUAGCUGGGAUUAUAGGCGCGCGCCACCACGCCCAGCUAAUUUUUGUAUUUUAAUAGAGAUGGGGUUUCACCAUAUUGGCCAGGCUGGUCUCCGAGCUCCUGACCUCAGGUGAUCCGCCUGCUUUGGCCUC